AUGGUGAAGGGUCAGAAAUCUAAGGGAAGGCAGAAGAUUGAGAUCAAGCCCAUCGAGAAUGAUCAAGCACGUCAGGUAUGCUUCUCUAAGCGCCGCCAAGGCCUGUUCAAGAAGGCUAGUGAGCUAUCUAUUCUUUGUGGUGCAAUGGUCGGCACUGUUGUGUUUUCAGCCAUUGGUAGGGCUUUCUCUUUUGGCCAUCCCUCCUUUGAUGAAGUUGUAAACCGCUUCCUCAAUCCGGUCGCUCCCGAUGUCCCUGCUGCGGGUGAUGCAAGCAAUGAUAAUGUGGGGCCACCAGUGACAGAUACAGUCCAUAAGCUGAAUAUGGAGUACUUAGAGUUGGAGCAGUCACUGGAGUCUGAAAAGAAGAGAAAGGAGAGGUUGCAAGAGGCAACUGAGAAGGAAAUGGGUGAACCCAUGAUGCAGUGGUUGAAUGCUAAUAUCAUGGAAUUGGGUCUAGAUGAGCUCCAAGCGUUUCAAAAGAAGCUGGAAGAAAUACAUGAUAUUGUCAAAGAGAAGGUCAAUAAGGUAAUGGUGGAAGGAAGGCAAACUCCUGGGUCACUGCCACAACCACCUAUGGAGAUGGGUUCAACCUCGCAGAGUGCCAAUCCUAUGGCUUCCACAGCUCCUAGUUCGAGCAUUGCUCUGAUUGAUGGAUUUGAAGCUGUCAACGAUCCCUUGCUUAGUGGUGUCCAUGGGGUUGGUGGCCUGGGGAAUGUCCCCAACAACCAAACCCAUGGUUGA